AUUAAUUAUAAGCCACAAGAAGAUUGGAUAAUUAGCCGAAUAAUAUCAUGGCUUCUAUCUUCCCUAUUUCUCGUAUGUCCUUCACUGAUUUCUCUGCACCCCUUCCCAUUUCCAUAAGUUCCUCAUCUUCCACAUUCCCACUUUCUCAAACACCAUGCAAACCCACUAAACAUAGCAAACCAAAACGCCAUCAUGUUUCCAAAGUGUCAUGCCAUAGUAACCAAAACAACUCAGCACCAAACCCAGAAGAAGGAAAACCAUCACACAACAUUGUAGCUGGAAAAAAUAGGAGGGAUGUUCUCAUUGGCUUUGGAGGACUUUAUGGUGCUUCAACUCUUACCAACAAUAACAACAACAACCCUUUAGCCAUAGCUGCUCCCAUUCUCCCUCCUGACCUAAAAACCUGUGGUCCACCUGACUUAGCAACUGGUGCAAAACCUGUUAAUUGUUGCCCUCCAAUAUCUUCUACCAUCAUAGACUUCAAGCUCCCUUCUUCUGGAGCACCCCUUAGGGUUAGACCAGCUGCUCAUUUAGUCAACGAUGUCUACAUAGCCAAGUAUAGGGAAGCCCUUAAGCGCAUGAAAGCCCUUUCACCUAAUGACCCUCGAAAUUUCACCCAACAAGCUAAUGUCCAUUGUGCUUAUUGUGAUGGUGCCUAUCACCAAGUAGGGUUUCCUAACCUUGACCUCCAAGUCCACAACUGUUGGCUAUUCUUCCCUUACCACCGUUGGUACCUUUAUUUCUAUGAGAGAAUCUUGGGAAACUUGAUUGGUGACCCAACUUUCGCUCUUCCAUUUUGGAACUGGGACAAUCCUAAAGGUGGCAUGACAAUCCCUUCCUUUUACGUAGAUAAAAACUCACCUUUGUAUGACCCUCUUAGGAAUCUUAAUCAUCAACCCCCAGUUCUCAUAGACCUAGACUAUAACAGAAGGGACGAUGAUGAUCCUAGUGCUAGUGAAAGUGUAGAUCCCAAUGAACAAAUCGCUAGCAACCUUUCUAUAAUGUAUAGGAAUGUUAUCUCCAAUGGGAAACUCCCAAGGCUUUUCCUUGGAAGCCCUUAUCGUGCUGGAGAUGAACCUGAACCUGGUGCUGGCUCUUUGGAGAACGUUCCACAUGGUCCUGUUCACUCUUGGACUGGUGAUAAGAGAGAGCCUAACCGUGAGAACAUGGGAAUCUUCUAUUCUGCUGCGAGAGACCCCAUUUUCUUUUCUCACCAUGCCAACGUGGAUAGGAUGUGGAGCAUAUGGAAAACAAUACCAGGUGGGAAAAGAAGGGAUUUCACUGACCCUGAUUGGUUAGAGUCCGCAUUUUUCUUCUACGAUGAGAACAAGAACCUUGUGCGCGUGAAGGUGAAGGAUUCUCUUGACACAAGAAAGUUGGGGUAUGUUUACCAAGAUGUUGACAUUCCAUGGCUCAAGAAUAAGCCUAAACCUAAAAGAUCUAAAGCUAAGAAGUUGGCAUUGGCACAAGAUUUUAUAGUUGGUGCAGCACAAGCUGUUGAGACUACACCAAAGAGUGUUAAGUUCCCUUUAACUUUGGAUUCAAAGGUAAGCACACUUGUUAAAAGGCCAAAGCUGUUGAGGAGCAAGGAGGAGAAGGAAGAAGAGGAGGAGGUGUUGGUGAUUGAUGGGAUUGAGUUUGAUAGGAAUAAAGCGGUGAAGUUUGAUGUAUUUAUCAAUGAUGAAGAUGACAAGGUGAUAACACCUAGUAAUACUGAGUUUGCGGGAAGCUUUGUGAGUGUGCCUCAUUCACAUGUGCACAAAAACAAGAAGAUCAAAACUUGCUUUAGAGUGGGAUUAACGGAUUUGUUAGAAGACUUAGAAGCUGAAAAUGAUGAUAGCAUUUUGGUGACGUUGGUACCUAAGUAUGGGAAAGGACUUGUUACAAUUCGGGACAUUAAGAUAGAGCUCGAAACGGAAUGAAAAUAUGUAACUAUGAACAACUUCAUUAUGGCAUGCUUGGAAAGGUUUUUCCAACAUGCAAAUAAUUUGAAUUUUGUAUUAGCAUGUUUAGUUUAGAGCACAAACCAUGAUUUUAUUGCUCAAUGGCAAAAGUCUAUUUUAUUGUUUUAUUGGCAAAGAAGAUUUUAUUGAAUA